AUUAAAACCAAUCUUUUCAUGGAUAAGGAAGCCUAAGAAGGUAACCAAGAGAUUUGCUUGUUUAGUUCAGGAUCAGCCGCUUUUGUUACUCUCUGGCACUUUCACGGUCAUGGGUCUUCACAGAGUUCUCUCCCUAUGUAUGGUAUUUGGUUUUUUAAAAGAAGGCUGCCCUGCGCACAUUUCCAUCCUGAUCCCAGAAAUAGUGCCAGCAGUAUUGGGCUCAUGUGUGGUUAUUCCCUGCCACUUCACCAUUCCCACCAGUCCCAGGCACACUGACAGACAGCCCGUUAAAUACCACGUCCACUUAAGAUACCGCUUUUUAUUUGGCAAAAGGACAGCUUUCAGCAGUGAUGACACCACUGAAGUGCACAGACAUUUCAAGGGAAGAACAGCGCUGGUGGGAGACCCCAGCCAGGGGGACUGCUCUCUGCAGAUUGACAAAUUGAGGAUGAAUGAUGGAGGCCGUUAUGAGAUGGAGCUGAAGGAGAAAGGAGCAAGCGAAUGGACAGUCUCCAAGGCCAUCUCAAUCACUGUGUCAGGUACCCCUCCAAAACCUGAGAUCAGUGACCCUGGCACUAUCAUAGAGGGGCAGCUAGUCACCCUGAACUGCACAGUCAGUAACAGCUGCCCUGAUCAGCCUGUGCAGGUUCUUUGGAAUUGGGAGAGAGGGGCCAGCCACUGGCAUCAGGAGCAAAGGCUGCUGCCUCAGGUCCGUGGGCAGCUUCAGGUCCUCCUCAGCUCCCUCUCCUUUAAUGCCUCCCACACAGCUCCGCCUUGGGUCAAAUGCCUCACCACACUCACAGACAGGCAAAGAGCAUUUACAACCAGGAAUCUGCACAUCAGGUUUCCACCACGAGACAUUGCCAUUCAAGUCCUUAGCCAGGCAGUCCAAGAAGGGGGGAGCGCAUUUCUCUCCUGUUCCUGUAAAGCAGACCCCCCCGUUACAGAAUACCAGUGGUUUUACACUCAUCAGGGACUUGCCAUUGAUCUGCCCCAGCGCCUGCAAACGGUCCGGGUCUACAAUGUGACGCGAGGAAAGAGAUUCCACUGUACUGCUACGAACCAAAUCGGAUGGGCAAAAUCUACCCCAGUCACCAUCGAUGUUCAACGCCAGCCGGUGAUCUCCCAAAGCUCCUCCUGCAGCUGGGCUGGGGGGGGGCUCAUGUGUCAGUGUGUGGUGGACUCCAACCCCAGGUCUGCUGUGACCUGGAGUGUGGACGGGAGCAACUCUCUGGAUGGAUACAAUACUUCCGUUUUGGCACAGGACAAUCCGCUAGUAGCUGUGCUGAGGAGGGAUAUGGGUUUGCCCCUCAGUGUGGUUUGUUAUGCCCACAACAUGCUGGGGAAUGACUCUGCCAUGCUAAUGGACAGGAGCGAAGAUUCACUGCUGUGGAAAGUGAUUUUUGUGGCAAGCAUCUUCCUCUCUUUGCUCCUACUCAUCCUUCUCUUCCUCCUCCUUCUCCAUUAUUCCAGAAAGAAAAAAAGGCACAUCCUCAACUAUGGACAUCCUGCUGUGCACCAGACAAGCCUGGGGCUUUACCAUGAGCACACCUCAUUGUACAUUAAUUGUACUGAAGUCACCCACAUCUACACCAAUGGCAGCUACCAGCUUGUCUACCAGAACUGCACUCCAAUCUUCAUUCAGAACAAACAGAGACGCCAGCGGGGGAGGCAGGUGGACUUUCCAAACAGGGCCCAACGCGAGAUGCAAAGCCCCAGCAGUGACACUGAAACAGCCAUAUACGUUGAGAUUAUUUGAAUUAAUUAAAGCUGUUCUGCCUGUUGUUGUUUUAUAUAAAAAUCUAAAGUAUAAUUAAAGGCAUGAUGUGCUGUGGUUAAGUGACAUGAUAACAUUUAAAAAUGCUUAUGUGUUUGCAUGCUUUUUUUUCUCUAUAUAUUACAGUAUUCACUAGAGGGUCAAUUCUCCCAUGUACGUAAAUGUGUGCAAGUCAAAAGAACUCGGAACUGCAAGUUUUUUUCACUUAAGCUUAUUUGCUCAUCGACUUAUGUCUGGGGUUUACAUGCACCUAGACUAGAUAUGCACUUUGGGCAGAGAAACAUCAAAAUACGGGCGCGUUGCAUGUAAAUGUUCCUUAAUAGCAUUCUGCCACUGACUAAAGUGCUUUUAAUUGCAUUUUUCACUAUGCGCGCUGGAAGGCUGUAUUGAGUCACACGCCACUACAUGCCCAAACACAAUAUCUCAGUGUUCAGAAAGUGGAACAUGCAAUAAGAUGAUUUUUUUUCACAUUUAAUAUAUUACAAUCCAACAUGCAUGUGAAUAAUUAUGUAAUUAUAUAACACAAUAGUAUAUAGAAAUAUAUUAGUAUAUACAAACAGUUUAUCAUUCGACCAGAUUGACAUCUGCCUUGUCAACACGCCUAAUAGGAGAAUCAAUUUGACUAGUAGGUUAAAAAAAAUAAUUGGUUCAAUUAAAAUGAGUAACAAAUAAUGGAAGAAGUCGCAAUCCUAAGCCACAGUGCAUGUAUUUGCACUCCUGCAAGAGUGUGACAGACAAUCAGAAUAUUCUAGCCUCACCUUGAUGUACUUGAACAGACUGACAUUGAAUACAUAGUAUGUUUGAGUAGAUCAUGAAACGCUUUGUUAACCAAUACAGGAUGUGAUUUGCCCUAUAUUUUUGUACACACACUUAUACAUACAUACAUACUAGGACAGGGGCCCCAAGGGAACUGCCUGAUCAGGACCUUUGCCUAAUUGGUAACCAGUCAACACUUAAUGGGGUAAAUGUGUAGGUUUAUAGUGCUAGUGACUAGCAGCCUACACUGUAGCGUAUACGCGUGUUUGGACUAUGCAGUUAAUUGCAUUAUUAUUAAUGUGUUCUAAACUUUCAGUCCAUGCCACUAAUAAUACUAACAUUUACACUUACUGUAUAUAUCAAUUAUAUAUUUAACUACAUGUUAAAUUGAUAGAUCAUGCUACCCUUUGCAGCAAAAAAAAAAAUAUUAUGCUUCUAUCAUGUGACAUGUACUUUGUUAUAGCUUUAUUUCACUCUGAACUGAAAUAUGAAGUUUUGUGUAUUUUGUGUUUGUUGUAACCAAAUAUAUAUCACUCCAAAUCAAUGAAAUCAAGAAAAAAAAAUAAAAAAAUAAACAACAUACAUUUAUCUAACACA